CGGGAGCGCGUCCCCGGCGCUGUGCCGGGGGGUGCGGGCUGAGCUCAUCGCUGGCUCCCCGGCGCUCCUUACCAGUGGCUUCUGCGGUCACAUGGGUUAUGUGCUGGAGUUUAAAAGAGCUUAUAGCCCCCGAGCCGGUGCAGAAGCAGCCGGUGGUUGCAUGGGGUAGCGCCGGGAGCGGCGGCGAGGAGGGGCGCCAAAAUCCCAGAUCUGAGCGGUGAGGGUCGGUCAAGCAGCCAGAAGAAUCCUCUGGGCGUUGAUGAGAAAUUGGGGACGCCCCAAGGACUCUGGACUGGUGGAGAGAAGUAUUUCCCUCUGCGUUCGAGAUGAAUGUGGCAGUCUUCAGGUCAACAGCUCUGGUUUUCCCUAAGAUGGCUAACCCUGUCCCGUCAGCCUGCUGCGUGGUGCUCGCCGCGGUGGUGGUGGUGUACGCCCAGAGACACAGCCAGCAGGACAGCCACAUCCAGUACGAGCGGGUAGGCGCGGAUGUGACCAUGAAGUGCGGCUCCAUGGACUGGGACGCAGCUGUGACCUGGACGGCCAAUGGCACCGACAUCGAUGAGUCCCACCUGAAUGGGUCCUACCUGAUCCUGAAGAAUGUCGACCUGACGCAUAGUGGCCAGUACUCCUGCUACGAGGGCUCCUCCUGGCACCUCAAAUACCAGACCUACCUGGGGGUGGGAACCCCCCCAAAGGAGCCAGUGCUGAUGUGCCGGUCCAACAACUACCCGAAGGGUUUCUACUGCAGCUGGCACCUGCCCACUCCCACCUACAUCCCCAACUUCUUCAACAUCUCCGUCAUACACGGCAUGAGAGAGAUGGUCUGCGAGAAGGAUAUCUUUCCCAAAAACAGGUGUCACAUCAAAUACCUCCAGCUCUUCUCGACGGUGAAGUACAAGGUGACACUGACAGUCACGAAUGCUCUGGGCAAAAACUCCACCACUCUCACCUUUGACGAGUUCGCCAUAGUAAAGCCGGACCCUCCGGAGAGCGUGGUGGCCAAACCCGUGCCCAAUAACCCUCGGAGGCUGGAGGUGUCAUGGCAAAACCCUUCGUCCUGGCCUGACCCCGAGUCUUUCCCACUCAAGUUCUUCCUGCGGUAUCGGCCCCUCAUCCUGGACCAGUGGCAACAUGUCGAGCUGUCGGAUGGGACAUCCCACACCAUCACGGACGCCUAUGCUGGCAAGGAGUACAUCAUCCAGGUGGCGGCCAAAGACAAUGACAUUGGCACGUGGAGUGACUGGAGCGUGGCCGUCCAUGCCACCCCCUGGACAGAGGAGCCCAAGCAUCUCACCACGGAGGCCCAGGCCACAGAGACAACGAGCGCUAGCACCUCCUCUUUCAUGCCGCCCCCCACCACCAAGAUCUGCGACAAGGGGGCUGUGGUGGGCAGCGGGGCCGUGGCAGUGUGUUGGACAGCUGGACUGGUCUUGGCUGCCUAUGGUGUCCUCUUUAUUUAAUCCCCGUCUGUCCAUCCGUCGCAGCCCAGCGCAGACGCCCUCCCACCGCCCACCGCCGCCACCGCCCCCCACCCCGCCACCCCCCUCCCGGGUUGAGUCUCUUAUCUCUUCGAUUUUGCACACGUUGAGGACGUAUCACGCUUCUCGCCAUCGCUUCGGAGGAGGACAGAGCCGCCGCCGUCCCCUGGGGAGCCGUGAAAUCCCCUCCCAGCCCGGAGCGAGGAGACGCACUUGUCCUUCCCCCGCCCCCGCUCCCCUAAUUCCCGUCCCCCUUUCCCCAGCAAGGUGAAGCGAGCCCGGGCACCCCGCCGCAGCCGAGGACCCCGCUCAUACAGCUAACCCCCCCACGCCAAAGACGUGCCCGCCGCCCCACCGCCCACCCGGGUGACAGGGAGCGUGACGGCGCACCGAGAAAAGGGGAUAUGAAAAUGGGGGUGGUGGCGAGGGGAAUGAUGCUCCCAGCUGUGUAACCCCCUACGGCAGAAGGGGGUCUCCCAAGGACCGGACUCGCUCCCCCGAGCUCUUGACCCGCGUGGCGAAGCUGGAGGGGUGCACUGGUGGGAGCGGGGUGGGGAGGGGGGUGGGGUGGGGGGGUGGGUGUCUUUUGGUCCCCUUCGAGGGGAUGAUGGAAGGAAGAACCGGUGGCUUUCACAAGUGUGAUGCGGAGAGCAGGGAGCUGGCAGGGUUUUAAUUGGUGAAAAAAAGGGAAAUGAAACACCGAUGAAACCCCCCUUGCUCUUGCUGAGCACCUCGAGAGCCGCCCCUCCGGCUCCCCCCCCAGCACCCAGCCGGAGCUUUGCCAUCCCCAACCCCAUUCCCACAUCACCCCCAAACUUUUAACCACGUUGGAUACAGGGAAUCACCCCCGUUGACGUUUGUCUCAUUCUCCAACAAAAGCAGAAUAGUUCUGCUGUUGCCUUUAGAGCUGGAGCCCUGCAGACCUCUCCCCUGCUGUCCCCCCCCAUGCCCCCCCCCCCCGCCCCGCCGCUGUCCCCGGCUGUCCCCGUGCCUGCUCUGCUCUCCUCCCAAUCCUGCCCCAAGCCCUGUUUUGUAAAGACACCUCCUCUUGCCCCUGCCUGGACCCAAGCGCAGUAUUUAAUACCGUACGUCCUAGUAUUCCCACUGUUGACAUGCUGUAUUUGAAUUUUUUAUAGAUGUAUAUAUAUAAAAAAAAAAAAGAAUCAAAAAAAAAGUAAUAGAGGGGAUAAAACAAAGCUCACACAGAGACAACGCACACACACACACACACACAUGCACCA